AUUCAGAUGAGCGACAGGAAGCUGUUCUUAUGCUGCUGAAAACAAGACGACAGUCUGUCGCAGUUACAGUGAGUCUGUAACCACCAACCAGUGUUGCAGGUGUGAGACAUGUCCAUCACUGUUGUCCAAGACAAGGGAGUGACUGUGAUCAACCUGGAGAUGGACAGGACGAGCAAGUUGCCGCUGCUGUGUCAGAUCCUCAAGACUCUUUGCUGCAGCAUGCAGAGCUGCUCUCUGUUCAGGAGGGCCAAUGGUCUGAUGGAGUCCAACACAGUCUCAGCUCUCGGGUCCAUACAGAUCAUGGUGGGCCUGUUCAACAUCGGACUGGGACCAGGACGAAUAAGUCUACAUCCUGAGGAUUUUGUACAUUUGGGAGUUGCUUACUGGCUGGGUGGUGUGUUCAUCGUAAGUGGAAUCGUGUCCCUUCUUGCCAACAGGUUCCCCUGUCUCUUCUCGGUGGGCUUUGCUGUGUUGAUGAACAUCAUCGGAUCCAUCUUCUCCAGUAUUGGCAUCAGGCGGUACGCCUUGGACACAGCAGAUAUCUCUACCUUCCAGUUCUGUGACGAGGACAAUCUCCACAGAAACUAUUGCGGAAAUGUGGCUCGCCUCUACAGGCGUCUGGUGAUAGGCAUGGACAUCUCUAUGAUCGUCCUGACCGUUCUUCAGCUGAUUGUCUGCAUCACUGUUACUGUUCUGGGCAUCAGGGUUCUGUUCUACCUGAGGAACAAAGAGCAGGACGCCAGACAUGACCAGCCGGAGAUGAAGGAAGCCCUCCUGACUGGUCCUGUUACUUAAAAUCAAUUCAUAAAUCAUCCAAACGCAAAGAUGUAGAGUGUGAUGAUCAAUGUGGACUUUUAGUAUAUCAGCUUCAAAUAACCAAAAACGGCUUCUUCUUUAUUUUCUUCUUUUUUUAAAUUGAAUUUAAUUAAAAUUUUCAAUUAUGUGAUAAAAAUAAACUUCCGCUCUUAGUUUCUGAAUGAUGCUUUAAAAAACUUUUGUGAAUAAAAGUUAAAAAAAAUAAAAGGGUGAAAA